GAGAAAUAAAUAAACAAAUAAAUCAAAGUCAAGUCUAGGAGCAACCAAUCAAAGACCAAUAUCCUCUCCUCUUCUAGUGUUUUCCUAUCAACUUGCUUUUCUGUAUAAAUAUAGACUCAACAAACAAGAAAUUUUCAAACAAGUGUAAGAGAGAGAGAAUCAACACAUCAUAAUCUAUUUUUAUUUUUAUUUUUUAAAUUAUUAUGGAUCACCAUCCCUUACGUUCUUUUCAAACUUCACUACCUAAAACUCUUUCUCUAUUCUUUUUCUCUCUUUUUCUUCUCUUCUCUUCCACAACCUCAGCUUUCGACCUUGCCACCAUUCCCUUCAACGACGGUUACUCUCAUCUCUUCGGAGAUGGCAACGUUGUUCGCUCCGCCGACGGUAACGGCGUUCAACUCCUCCUUGAUCGUUACACCGGUUCUGGUUUUAUUUCAUCCAAUAUGUACCAAUAUGGAUUCUUCAGUGCUAAUAUAAAACUUCCAUCGAAUAAUACAGCUGGUAUUUGUGUUGCGUUUUAUACAUCAAACGGCGAGGUGUUCGAGAAAUCCCAUGAUGAGUUAGACUUUGAAUUCCUAGGUAACGUAGCUGGAAAACCAUGGCGGUUUCAAACAAAUUUAUAUGGAAAUGGAAGUACUCAUCGUGGUCGUGAAGAACGUUAUCGUCUUUGGUUUGAUCCAAGUAGAGGAUACCAUAGAUACAGUAUUCUCUGGACACAAAAAAACGUUAUAUUUUACAUUGAUGAAGUUCCAAUUAGAGAAGUGUUACGAAGUGAAGAAAUGAGAGGUGAAUAUCCAUCUAAGCCAAUGUCAUUGUAUGCAACCAUAUGGGAUGCAUCAAAUUGGGCCACAUCGGGUGGAAGAUACAAAGUGAACUAUAAAUAUGCUCCUUUUGGAGCUGAAUUCAAGGACCUGGUCCUCAAGGGUUGCUCUACUGAUCCAUUUCAAGAAUUCUCCGAUAUCGAGGGUUGCGCCGAUCAAAACACCCAUCUUGAAGCCCAAGAAUACGCCGAGGUGACUCCUAUUCGUCGUAUGAAAAUGCGGAGGUUUCGUCAACGUUUCAUGUACUAUUCUUAUUGUUAUGAUACGAUUAGAUACCCUAUUCCACCACCAGAGUGUCAUUUUAAUCUGGCGGAGAAACAAAGGUUUAAGGAGACCGGAAGGUUGAAAUUUGGUGGGAGUCACCGUCGGCAAUCUAGACGAAGAGGUCGUAAUACAACUCCGGUAGAUGAGAAUGAUCAGAAUGAUAUGUGAUGUUUGAUUAUAUGUAUAUAAUAGUGUUGAUUUUAAUAGAACUUUUUUGGGCUUUUGACAUUGUCUAUUGUUUGAUACGUUAAUAAAUUAUGUGGUAAUAUAAUUUAGUCCUUAAAAAGUUGUGUUUUUUGGUAAUAUAGUGUGUUGUAUCUCUAGAUGAAAUAUAACAUCGGUAUAAAAUUUGUAUGAGUGCACUUAAGUAUAAGUCAAAAUUCAUAUUGUGGGACUA